CAAAACUAUAUCAUCAUACAUACAUGAAGCUGUUAGUUACCUAUAUUGGCUAUUUCCUAAUUUUUUUGCUACUAUGAGUACUAUUGAGAGCUUGUAUACUGUAUAUUACGGGCUCGCUCUCGUUGUAUGCGCUAUUGGUCUAGUUAUUAUAGAGUUCCUGAGGCCUGUCGACUCGAAAUUCCUCUUCCGAACGAAACGAUGGAGGAUGCCACCAGGGCCGCCAGGCCAACCAAUCGUGGGCAAUCUAUUGCAAAUGUUUCAAGCUCGACGCAAUCCCCGUGCUUUCAAUGAAUGGCUCGUUUCCUUGAGACCUUAUGGCGAAAUGGUGACGCUUCACAUGGGCUCUCAGACCUGGGUUGUCCUCAACUCAGAACGUGUGGUCUCCGAGCUUAUAGCUAAGCGCGGGAAGAUCACAAAUGAGAGACCCCAUAUGCCUGUUGCUAGCGACCUUGUUAGCAAUGGGAAACGUACUGUGAUUAGACAAGAAGCAGAGUGGAGGGAGGGACGCCGAGUAAUGCACCAAUUGCUCAGCGGCUCGAACCUCAAAGUGUACGCGGGCAUGCAAGAACUAGAAAGCAUCAACCUUCUUCGCCUCUAUCUUCGACAGCCAAACUUGUGGUUUGCUCAUAACUUUCGCUAUUCCACAUCGGUGUUGUAUAGGGUUGUCAUGGGUUAUCCCCUCAACAAACCGAAGGCUCAACUCGACGACUACCAGAGGGUAACGAUAGAGUUCGUGAGGAGCAUCAACCAGAGCUUUGUGGACUUCUUUCCGGUCUUUAGCAAACUCCCUCGUUUCCUACAGCCAUGGCGAAAAUACUGGGCUGAUAUGGGCGCGUUUCACCGCCACGUCUUCCAAGAAUGGUGGGAGCCCGUUCGAACCGCGGUGAAAAAUGGUUCUGCACCGGCAUCUUUCGUCCGCGACGUCCUCCUCCAUCCAGAUAUUAAAUUUGCUGGCAAUGAUGAGGAGGCCAUGUAUCUGGCUACAUCUGUCAUGGCAGCAGGUGGAGACAACACUCGUAUGAGCAUCAACACGUUCAUCAUGGCUAUGAUAUCGCGACCCGGGGCGCAGAAACGCGCACAGGCCGAAGUAGACCGGGUCUGCACGGACGACAAGACGCUCAGACUUCCCCAGAUGACAGAUCUACCCGAGAUGCCAUAUAUAGCAGCAAUGAUCAAGGAAGUUCUACGCUGGCGACCUACCGUCCCUGUCAUCCCGCCCCACCAACUUACGGAGGAUCUCGAGUUCGAUGGAUAUCGCAUUCCUGCCGGCACCAGCUUCUUGAUCAACUCGAUCGCGUUAUCCAACGAGUUUGAGGACCCGAACGAGUUCCAGCCGGAAAGAUGGAUUGACGACUCAGAAUCGAACGCUACAGCCAACUUCUGGGGAUUUGGCGGGGGUCGCCGAAUAUGCGUUGGCUGGAAAGUUGCUCAGCAAGCUCUGUUUCUAGCAUUUGCCCGUUUAAUAUACUGUUUCGACUUGGCCCCGAAUGGUCCUAUCGACGAUAGGAAACUCAACCACCAAACCGUCGACGAGCCAUUCCCUGUUAAAGCUACGAUCCGCAGCGCCGAACAUGCGCUGCUCAUUGAGAGGGAAGCAUCCAAAUACGAGACACAAUUCUCUACAUUUUAAUCGCUGUUCAAUAGAACCUCAUCAAGUAUAUAGAAUCAAGUUAGCAACCCUACCUAAGACUCUUGCGACCAUGCAUCCUCAUCCCCCUUCCCUCAGCUUCAAAACAGCGCUCAAACGCGCCCAGUGAUCUCCGCAUUGAGAAAACGCUCAUCGCCGCGGCAUACAAAUUCUUAUUGCGCGUCAGCAGCGCUAACCGUACGAUCAUUUUCUAAAUGCGUACGUUAAGGUGUAGUCAAAACUGGAUGUGGCUUGAAGGAUCAAGUUGCAUGAACAUCGCAUCAACUAAGUCAGUUUGCGGAAUGUUACCACAGGUGGUACCUACGUAAGUACUAGGGUAUUAACGCAUAUGUAGGCCAGACCAGCAACGGAAUCCCGAUAACUCUGAUGAAGAAUUGAUCUACCUGUAUCUGCCGCUACCCGCCGUUGCUCGUGGGCAUGUUGUAUACAGGGUUGAUAGUGGAGAGGAGGAAUCUCCUAGUGUAUCCUCAAACGUGCAUCCUAAGGAGGCUAAGUUGAGUCCAGAGUAUAUUAUGUGUUGGUUCACGUAUUUAGUGAGUGGGGAUAUGUUGUAAUCUGAAUGUAACAAAACUUGACCGAUUA